AUCUUGACUAUUUCCAUUUUGAAUGCAAUUAAUGCCAGGAAAGAGUGCCUAAUUGUUGGAGUUUUCAAAUUUCAGUUCGCACAGACCGAGGCAACAAAACCCAAAGGCGAAUUCGGCAGGCGUGUAUUUUACGAAAAAGUUAAUUGUUUUAAGAAGAAGACGCCGGCAUUGCAAAAAUGUCCAAAACAGACGCCGCUGCUGUGGAGGCCACUGAGGAGAACUCGAAUGAGACAACCUCAGAUGCGGCCACCAGUUCUUCGGGCGAGAAGGAGGCGGAGUUCGACAAUAAAAUAGAGGCAGAUCGCAGCAGACGCUUCGAUUUCUUGCUCAAGCAGACUGAGAUCUUUACACAUUUUAUGACCAACAGCACCAAGAGCCCGACAAAGCCCAAAGGCAGGCCGAAGAAGAACAAAGACAAGGAUAAGGAAAAGGAUAUUGCUGACCAUCGUCACCGCAAGACGGAACAGGAAGAAGAUGAGGAGCUGCUCGCGGAGGACUCUGCGACCAAAGAGAUUUUCCGCUUUGAUGCUUCGCCCACCUACAUUAAGUCGGGUGAAAUGCGUGACUAUCAGAUCCGUGGUCUUAAUUGGAUGAUUUCGCUAUAUGAAAAUGGCAUUAAUGGUAUUUUGGCCGACGAAAUGGGUCUGGGAAAGACCUUACAAACUAUUUCCCUGCUGGGAUACCUGAAGCAUUUCAAAAACCAAGCAGGUCCACACAUCGUCAUAGUGCCCAAGUCUACUCUACAGAACUGGGUGAACGAGUUCAAAAAAUGGUGCCCUUCGCUUAGGGCCGUCUGCCUGAUCGGUGAUCAAGAGGCCCGUAACACCUUCAUCCGCGACGUGUUGAUGCCCGGCGAAUGGGAUGUGUGUGUCACUUCGUACGAGAUGUGUAUCCGAGAGAAGUCGGUGUUUAAGAAGUUCAACUGGCGGUAUUUGGUUAUUGACGAGGCCCAUCGUAUCAAAAACGAGAAGUCCAAGCUGUCUGAGAUUCUGCGAGAGUUCAAGACCGCCAACCGUCUGCUCAUCACGGGCACGCCGCUGCAGAACAAUCUCCACGAGCUGUGGGCUCUGCUCAAUUUCCUCUUGCCCGAUGUUUUCAACUCUUCGGAAGAUUUCGAUGAGUGGUUCAACACCAACACUUGCUUGGGAGACGAUGCGCUAAUCACGCGACUUCAUGCUGUCUUGAAGCCUUUCUUGCUGCGUCGUCUUAAGGCCGAGGUGGAGAAGCGACUAAAACCCAAAAAGGAAAUGAAAAUAUUUGUGGGUCUUUCGAAGAUGCAGCGUGACUGGUAUACCAAGGUACUGCUCAAGGAUAUUGAUAUUGUUAACGGAGCAGGAAAGGUGGAGAAAAUGCGAUUGCAGAACAUCCUCAUGCAGCUGCGAAAGUGUACCAAUCACCCCUAUCUGUUCGAUGGUGCUGAGCCAGGACCACCAUACACCACCGACACACAUUUGAUCUACAACUCUGGCAAGAUGGCCAUUCUUGACAAGCUUCUGCCCAAGCUGCAGGAGCAGGGUUCUCGUGUGCUUAUUUUCUCGCAGAUGACGCGCAUGUUGGACAUUUUGGAGGAUUACUGUCACUGGCGUGGCUAUAACUACUGUCGCCUGGACGGUCAGACCCCACACGAGGAUCGUAACCGUCAGAUCCAGGAGUACAAUAUGGACAAUAGCGCAAAGUUCAUCUUCAUGUUGUCCACUCGAGCUGGUGGAUUGGGUAUUAACUUGGCCACCGCCGACGUGGUCAUCAUUUACGAUUCGGACUGGAAUCCCCAGAUGGAUUUACAGGCCAUGGAUCGUGCUCAUCGUAUCGGACAAAAGAAGCAGGUUCGCGUUUUCCGCCUCAUCACCGAGAGCACGGUGGAGGAGAAGAUUGUGGAGCGAGCUGAGGUGAAGCUGCGUCUUGACAAGAUGGUCAUCCAGGGCGGUCGGUUGGUCGACAACCGCUCCAACCAACUGAACAAAGAUGAAAUGCUGAACAUCAUUCGUUUUGGAGCCAAUCAAGUCUUCAGCUCGAAGGACACAGACAUUACUGACGAGGACAUCGAUGUGAUCCUGGAGCGCGGUGAAGCCAAGACGAACGAACAAAAGGCUCAAUUGGAUAGCCUAGGCGAGAGCUCCUUGCGUACCUUCACCAUGGACACAAAUGGAGAGGCAGGUACCUCCUCAGUUUACCAGUUCGAGGGCGAGGAUUGGCGGGAGAAGCAGAAAAUGAAUGCCCUGGGCAAUUGGAUCGAGCCACCGAAGCGAGAGCGCAAGGCCAACUACGCUGUGGAUGCUUACUUCCGAGAGGCACUACGCGUAUCCGAGCCAAAAGCACCGAAGGCUCCCCGGCCACCCAAACAGCCCAUCGUCCAGGACUUCCAGUUCUUCCCGCCGCGUCUGUUCGAGCUGCUCGACCAGGAGAUCUACUACUUCCGCAAGACUGUCGGUUACAAAGUGCCCAAAAAUCCGGAAUUGGGUUCUGAAGCCACCAAGGUGCAGCGCGAGGAGCAACGAAAGAUCGACGAGGCCGAACCGCUAAGCGAGGACGAGAUCCUAGAGAAGGAGAACCUGCUAUCUCAAGGUUUUACUGCAUGGACAAAACGUGACUUUAACCAAUUUAUAAAGGCCAAUGAGAAGUAUGGCCGCGAUGAUAUUGACAACAUUGCCAAGGACGUGGAGGGCAAGACACCCGAGGAGGUUAUUGAGUACAAUGCCGUGUUCUGGGAGCGCUGUACUGAAUUGCAGGACAUUGAGCGCAUCAUGGGACAAAUUGAAAGGGGAGAGGGCAAGAUCCAGCGACGACUUUCCAUAAAAAAGGCAUUGGACCAAAAGAUGUCACGGUAUCGAGCUCCCUUCCAUCAGCUGCGCUUGCAAUACGGCAACAAUAAGGGCAAGAACUACACAGAAAUCGAGGAUCGUUUUCUGGUUUGCAUGCUACACAAGCUGGGCUUUGACAAGGAGAACGUCUACGAGGAACUGAGAGCUGCCAUCCGAGCAUCGCCCCAAUUCCUUUUUGAUUGGUUCAUUAAAUCCCGCACCGCCCUGGAGCUUCAACGCCGUUGCAACACUCUGAUCACUCUGAUCGAGCGCGAAAACAUCGAACUGGAGGAGAAGGAGCGCGCUGAGAAAAAGAAGAAGGCUCCUAAAGGCAGUGUAUCCGCGGGCAGUGGAAGCGGAAGCUCAAAUACUCCAGCACCUGCUCCUCAGCCCAAGGCCAGCCAGAAGCGCAAGAGCGAAGUGGUGGCCACCAGUUCCAACUCAAAGAAGAAGAAGAAGUAGAGUGGGGAACACUGACACCCAUUGAGUUUUGGCUCUUCAAUCAGCAUUAGGCAGUUACAUAGUUAAGACAAGCGAUUACUUAAACAUAUUUCACUCGACGUAGUUGAUAGUUCACAUCGGAAGCGAAUGCGAAUCCAUCUCUCUAUCUUUAUAAUAAUCCCUAGCGAUCUUAAACAAACACACAUAAUUAUUUUAUAAUAUUGCGUGCCGCUGUAAUUCUAUUCCACUUAAUUGUAUUUUUUGCUUAAGUUCUUAACUAUUAUAUUUAUGUAUUGCAACACAGUA